CCCGCCGGGCGGCUAAGGAUGUUUGUUUGCAGCGUAAAUGGACGUCGAGAUACUUUCAGGUCUACUGAAAGCCUGCGUCGCCGGCAAAUCCUUAGUCCAAGGGAAGCUCCUCCACUCCAAGUCCAUCUCUCUCGGCCUAAACACAAACACCUAUCUCGCCAAAGACCUCAUCAACUUCUACUUCUCCUUCAACCUGUUCGACUCGGCUCGGCUGGUCUUCGAAUCCAUUCCGAACCCAUCAGGCAUCUCCUUGUGGAACGGCCUCCUCUCCGCCUACUCCAAGAACCGGAUGUACGACGAAGCCCUCCGUCUCUUUGACAGGCUCCUGCUCUUCCCUCGCCUUAAACCUGAUAGCUACACCUACCCGAGUGCUCUCAAGGCCUGCGGGGGACUGGGCGCUGCCAAGAAAGGAGGGUCGAUACAUGCCAACGUGCUGAAAUCGGGUUGUGGGUCUGACAUUGUCGUCUCGAGCUCCCUCGUCGGCAUGUAUGCAAAAUGUUAUCGUUACGAAUCGGCAAUUCAGGUUUUCGAUGAAAUGCCUGAGAGGGAUGUCGCAUGCUGGAAUACGGUGAUGUCUUGCUACUACCAGGAUGGGCAGGCGUCCAAAGUUUUGGAGGUGUUUGGGAUGAUGAAAAGUUGUGGUUUUGAGCCUGACUCGGUGACGUACACGACCGUGUUCUCUGCUUGUGCUCGGCUUUUGGAUUUGGAGACGGGAAGGAGGGUGCAUGAGGAGUUGGCCAGAACUGGAUUUGUAUUGGAUGGGUUUAUUAGUUCGGCAAUCGUGGACAUGUAUGGGAAAUGUGGUUGCUUGGGGAGUGCUAGGGAGGUCUUUGAGCAGAUCACGACUAAGAGUGUCGUUUCUUGGAACUCGAUGAUCGGUGGGUAUUCUUUGAAAGGGGACAGCAACUCAUGUUUGGAGCUCUUCUCGAGGAUGAAUAUGGAAGGAAUUCGGCCCACUUCAACCACUAUGAGCAGCUUGUUGAUAGCUUGUUCUAGAACUUCCGACAUACGGCGUGGAAAAUUUGUUCAUGGUUAUUUGGUAAGAAACCAUAUAGAUGUUGAUAUUUUCAUAGCCAGCUCGCUUGUCGAUCUAUAUUUCAAAUGUGCAAAUGUUGCGUAUGCUGAGUCAGUUUUUAAGGCCAUGCCCAAAGCAAAUGCAGUUUCCUGGAAUGUGAUGAUUUCAGGGUAUGCGACGGCUGGCUGUUACUUUAAAGCUCUCGAUUUUUUCAAUGAGAUGAGUGUUUAUGGGGCAAGACUGGAUGCUUUCACCUUUGCCAGUGUUCUAUCUGCUUGUGCCCAAUUAGCAGCUCUGGAGCAGGGAAGGGAGAUCCAUAAGCAAGUCAGGGACCACUCUCUAGAAUCUAAUGAGAUGGUCAUGUGUGCUCUUGUUGACAUGUAUGCGAAAUGUGGUGCAGUUAGAGAUGCAAAAUUAGUUUUUGACAGGUUACUGGUGAAGGACAUUGUGUCAUGGACUUCCAUGAUUAUGGCCUAUGGAUCGCAUGGUCGAUCCGACGAAGCUUUGGAGCUUUUCAGUGAAAUGCAGAAAGCAAAUGUAAAACCAGACCGUGUCACAUUCCUUGCAGUAAUCUCUGCUUGCAGCCAUGGAGGACUGGUCGAUGAAGGUCGUUAUUAUUUCAAUCAGAUGAUGUACCACUAUGGAAUCAAACCUGGCAUAGAGCACUACUCCUGCCUCAUAGAUCUUCUCGGACGUUCGGGAAGGUUUCAGGAAGCUUAUGGUAUACUUAAAAAUACACCUGGUUUAAAAGCAGAUGCUGGGUUGUUAGGUUCACUGUUCUCAGCAUGCAGUUUGUACAGGAACUUGGAACUGGGAGAGGAAGUUGCCAGGCUUCUUGUUGAGAUGGAUCCGGACGAUCAUUCUACUUAUGUAGUUCUGUCAAACAUGUAUGCUUCUGCUGGAAGAUGGGAUGAUGUGCGCAAAGUGAGAGCAAUGAUUAGGGAUAGACGGCUAAAGAAGAACCCUGGUUGCAGCUGGAUUGAGAUCGAAAAAAGAAUUCACCAAUUCUUUGUGAAUGAUGACUCACAUCCACAAGCUGAGUUUAUAUAUGCAUUGCUUGGUAGUCUUUCAGAACACAUGGAGAAGGAUAAACCUCAGCCAAUAAGAAAGUGAAAUGGAACAAAUGGACUGAGCAUGAGAAAUUGAUUUCCUGAAACAGCAUUUUGCUGUCGAUCCCCGAACUUAUUGUCUGGAAAUCCCUGUGAUCAGCCUGGGUGUCAGCUUCAAGACAACAAAUGUUUGAAGUGCUGAAGCAAUACAUAUUAAACCUUGUGAACCUUAGCAGUAGAAGGUGAUGAGAGGAUGGAGAUUAAAGGAUGCGUUUCUGCUUCUUCAGAAAAUCUGUAUUUUUGGCAAUGAAGACAUAGACAACAAAGAAUAAAGCAAUCCUUGGAUAAAUGUCCACUAGUUAUUGGAUAAUUCUUUCUUGAAGGGUAGGAGAACAUGAAGCUAGUGGAGAAAAAGAGCGCUAUUGGUGACAACUAAUAAAAAUUAAGGAGACAUUGGAUUACAGAUGAUGAUGGUACAAACUUGGGUAAUGGGGAAAGCUUCAGGUGUCCCAAUUCUUGGCGGUCAGACUCCAUUCACUCCUUUCUCAAAGCCAGAGGAAAAAGGGGAAGGGGGGAGGAAGGACAAGCCCACUCCUGCGUAGUAGCUUCCACUGGCUCCCCACCCCGUCAGAAGAAUGUUCGAUGCGGGCAGAAAUGACCGUGUGUUGAGCACCCCGACCGGUUUUACUCAUAUCCUUUCCUUCUAUAGGCGCGGCUCAGCUACUUCUCUGAGCUCCGGCACGAACCCUCCGUAUGAGUGCGUCACACUUGGCACCACUGAGGCUAUCAGAGGACCAAUAAGCUCUCCCACCCUACGUGUCCGAGCAGAGAACAUCCAAUUUCCAUAUUUAAUCGACACCCGCGCGUUUCGAACUCGGACCGCACGAAUGGUUAUAAUGGCCCAGUUCCACUGAGCUACCACCUCAGUGGCAUUACUUUUUUUUUUUUUUUUUUUUUCCGACCCUGUAAAACGUUGGAUACCUAAUGAUCGGUUUUUUUAAAUUUAGGGGGCUCAACGCUAGAGCCAAUCCCCUCCCAUCCCCACCCUCUGCUAGAUUCGCUGCUGUCCGAGUCGGCCGACAGUUAUUUUUUCAAAAAAAUUACAUCCUACGCCAUGAGUACCACAUGGCGGCGGUAGGUUAGGUAUAUCAUGCUAAUCAUAUAUUAUCAAUCCAUGCAUAUUUUAUUCAUUGUGUGCUCUAAAAAAAUUAUUAUUUGAAUUUGAUUCGGCCUCAGGGAUCAACCGAAUCCAACCAAAGAUUUCACUCGUCUCGAUUGUCGCCCCUUUAAUUUACGUGAUGCACGUGGUAUAGUAGAAUAUAAUUUUUUAUUUUUUUAUUUUUUAUUUUUUAUUUUUGUUAAUUUGGUUCAUGUUCUUUUUAGAGGAAGUUGCUCAGCGGUCCAAAGUUGGGGGAAGUUUUUAGGAAAAUUUUUUUUUUUUUUUUUUUUAGAGAACAGGGACCUCCUGUUAGAGUUUUUUUUUUUUUAAGUGAACAGGGACCUCCUGUAGAGUGGGGACCUCCUGUUAGAGUUUUUUUUUUUUUUGAGUGAACAGGGACCUCCUGUAGAGUGGGGACCUCCUGUUAGAGUUUUUUUUUUUUGAGAGAACAGGGACCUCCUGUUAGAGUUUUUUUGUUUUUGAGUAAACAGGGAC